AUGCCUUCACUCUUGGCUCUCGUCCUCGCAGCUGGCGUCGUCUCUGCUGUGGAUGUCGUCUAUGUGACAGAUCUAUCCCUCUACAGUUCCCUCGCACCUUGUGCCGCAUCCGCCAUCUCCAACAACAUCAGAUACCAGACCUUUAGCAAAUACUGUUCCGAAGCAGUAACGGAUCUUCAAUCAUGCAUUUGCACAAAGCGAUUCGAUGAUGUAUCGACUACAAUGUCUCUAAUGAUUAGCGUCACAUGUGGUUCAACCGCCAGCGAAGAUCAAGCCUCCGCGUCGACAGUUCUAAAAGCAUACUGCGAUCAGGACUGGAAAGUGGAAUUUCCAAAGCCAAAGCAUCCAGUGUCUUCGUAUAUCGAUGAGCUCUUGGCAAUGACGGAGUUGGCGCCUUGUGCGUCCAUACGCCUGAGCGGGAUUACUGAAGCCAUCUGCCCAUACUUGGCAACUGACCUCGCACCCUGCGUAUGCGAAAAGAACCAAAACUCACUCCGAGUCAGCGAAAUGAUCAACACUGGAGUCGGACAACUCUGCUCGUCAAACAAAGACGACGUCAAAUCAGCUCAAGCCAUGUUUGCAGCGUACUGCGCCAUGAAUUCUGGAAAGACUUCGUUUCCAACGGCUUCUCCUCCUCCGGGCGACAUGUCUUACUACGUCACCAAUCUUCCUCAGUAUUCAUCCCUGGAAACAUGCGCCCAGCUGUGUGUGGACAUAGCAGCUAUGUAUCAAACAAGCACAUUUUGUCCAGGCGGUCCAGAAGCUCUGGCUUCAUGUCUCUGCCUCAAGGAUUCAGUGUCAAAAGCAGUUUCAAGCACAUUAUCCUGGGAGAUCAAGAAUCGAUGCCACAAGAACAUGCUUGAUAACUUGUCCUCUGCCAACGCUGUUCUCAACUACUACUGCAGCGCGGCAAAGGGAGAGGUCACAGCGACAGGCAUUGCGGUUUCUCAAACAGGAAGCGCCAGCACGGGAGCUGGUUCAGGAUCAAUGGCCACAGAGACAAAUAGCUCUGACGAAUCGGAUUCCAAGUCCAAGGGCCCGAAGGCUGGGGUCAUUGCUGGUGCUGUUGUCGGGGCAGUCGUGGGUGUCCUCAUAGGAGGUGGCCUUGUCUUUUUCUUCAUGCGGAAGAGGGCCCGUGGAAACAAACAAAUCAAUGGCGGCGGCCUUCCAGGAAAUCAUUCUCAGGAGAGGAUUCAAAGGGAUGAUGUCCGGUUGGACCGGGUUGCUCCCAGUGGUGAUGAGAUAGCGCCUCCGCCGUAUGAGGAGGGGCCUUCGGGGGCUGUGACAAGCAAGAAGUAG